GGAACCGACCCGAGGCUUGGGCGCCCCCAGAUGUGGGACUCGCUCAGUAAACCGCAGUGAAAUGUGAUCCUGCUCCGGCCUGCUGGCUGUAUUUUGGGAUGUUUUACAUGAGCCAGGACAAAGACACGUUUCCAGGCGGGAGCACAGUCUGAGCAGAUGUUUCUGCUCUGGAAGAACGAAGACAAAAAGAGAAAAAGCGACAGAUUUUGCAGAGGAAGGAGGAGAUAGAAGAUAUGGCUUAAGAUGUCUGUGGACUCUGAAAACUCAUGUGUUCUGCUGUCGUCACGUGACUCCAGGACUUCCUGCAUCUUUCAGACAGCAGACGAGAAGGAAGAGCUCCCAGGAGUGGGAGAGGAGAGCGUUCUGGAGAUGCUGAGUUACUCCAAGUUCUCAGACCUGGAGACAUGGCUGUGCAUGCCGUCCUCUCUGCUUCUGUCCAGACCGCUGGACUCCAUCCUCAUGUGCUCAUCUUCCUCCACCCUGUCCUCUUCACUUGCAUCCAACCUCUCCUCUACCUCGCUUCCCAUGUCCUCCUCUUCCUCUCCGACCCUCGACUCCCGCUUCUCCACCUGCAGCGAACCGGGAGAGCUCGGCACACUCCUCAGGUCAUCAGAGCAAGAGUCCACCUGCCUCACACCCGCUUUAGGAAAGGAGGUGACCUUUCUGUCCACACCGCUGCUGCCCGUUCUCUCCUCCACACCUGCUGCUGCUUCAGAGCCAAGCUCACAGCCGCCAACAGGAGACUCCGCCUCCCACAGUGGCGUCAGCAUCAGGAAACGACGGCGGCUUGCUGCCAGCCCUGGAGGACUCCACUGGAACUCUACAGGUUCAGUGCUGCGGGACUUCUGGUCACCUGAUCUGCCUCCAGGGAUGGCAGCCGGAGGUGGAGCCAGAGAACCAGGUGGAGGGGGAAGGAGCCUCCCUCUGAGCGAGAUGGGCAGAGGGACACCUGUGUGGGCAACAGGUGAACGGGUGGCUCUGAGGAAGACUGUGUCUGCUGACGAUGAGCUGCUGCGGCUGGCUGGUGGAGGUCCAAGACUGCUGAACCGAGCCGAGCAGAACCGAAAGAAGCUGCGCGGCAUCCAUAGCCUGGGAACAACAGGAAGAUACGACAGCAGAAAAAAGUCGGACAGUAAGAUCUCCCGAUUGGCUCAGAGGUGGAACCAGAAGUCGGUAGGAGAUGCGCUGAUCCAAGACCUGAAGCCCCUGUACCACACAGGAACCUCUCGAUCCUCGCUCAGCCUGGACAGACGCUUCCCAGGCAGUAUGACCCAACAGAUGCAAAACCUGCAGCUGUCCCAGACCAGGAAAUGUCCUGGAGGGCCAGCCUCACCCAGCGCUGCCAAGCGUCUCUACCGGAACCUGUCGGAGAAGCUACGAGGAAGCACCUCCUCCUUUGAAGAUGCCUACUUCUUUGGAAAAACAGAUCGCCUCCGAAAAGCCUCGACGAUGCAGGGCAGCGAGUGCAUCUUUGAGGCAGUGGAACAGCAGGACCUGGACACCGUGCAGAUCCUCCUGUACCAGUUCUCAGCUGAAGAGCUGGACCUUAACACACCAAACAGCCAAGGCCUGACACCACUUGACAUCGCCAUCAUGACCAACAACUCUCCCAUUGCUAAGCUGCUGCUGAAAGCUGGCGGGAAGGAGAGUCCUCACUUUGUAAGCGUGGAGAGUCGGGAAGCUCACCUGAGUGCUCUGGUGGUGGAGGCGGAGCAUCGAGCGGCAGACCUGGCAGCUCAGGCUCAGAGGGAUGGCCUCUCGCUCGAAGCCUGCCACAAGGACAAACAGCUGAGGACCUGGGAGUGGAGGAGCAAGCUGUACAAACGUAUGAAGACAGGCUUCCAGCACGCACGACCUCCAGAGGCCCCAGCAAUGGUCCGUCUGAGCGUGAGCAGCAGCACCACACUGACUGUCACCUUCCAGGAGCCACAGAGUCUCAACUCCACUGUGGUGACCAAGUACAGAGUCGAGUGGAGCUGCCUGAAGGAUUUCUCUCUGCUUGCUGGUGAGAUGGUGCUGGAUAAUCUGCAGAGCCUCAAGUGCACCAUCAGCGGCCUCUCCACGGGUCGGCUUUACUACGUCCGAGUGUCGGCAUAUAACAUGAAGGGUUGGGGUCCGCCCACGUCCUCCCUCCCUCCAUCUGCAGUUCCAUCUAACUGGAGAGAGAGUGACGGGCGUGAACCCAGGAGGCGGGGCCACAUCGAGGCCAUGGAGCGUCUGCUGCAGCAGGUCCGGGCCACGCACACUCACUACUGCUGUGGAGAAACAUCAAAGCUGCAGAACCCCAGCAGGAAGCAGUCGGUCUCCAGAAGCCUCAAACAUCUCUUCAACUCCUCCAACAAGUUUGUAAAGACGCUGAAAAGGGGGAUCUACCUGGCUGCUGUGUUCUACCAUAGAGACAGUUUACUGGUGACGGCCGAGGAUCAGAUCCCUAUUGUGGAGGUGGAUGACUCCUACAGCAGCUCCCUUAUGCAGGACUUCCUGUGGUUCACAAAGCUGUCCUGCAUGUGGGAGGACGUCCGGUGGCUCAGACAGAGCAUGUCUGUCUCCAUGUCAUCAUCAUCCACCCUGCAGGCCCGACACAAGAUGCUGACUGCUGCCGGACAACUGCAGAACCUCCUGGGGACUCAUAACUUGGGCCGGGUCCACUAUGAGCCCAUCAAAGAUCGCCAUGGAAACGUGCUGCUGGUGACAAUCCGUGACUUAGAGAGCCAGCACUCACUCUUCAGUGGGAAAUGGAUGCAGGUGACCAAACUGCAGAGCCAGAGGAAAUCCCUCUCCACACCAGAGGAGCCGUACGCCCUCGACAUCCUCAUCAUCACCAUGCAGGACAUCCUGGCGUACCAGCGCCGGAGCACACACCGCCUGGCUCCGGGACUCUACCUGGGUUACCUGAAGCUCAGCAGCUCUGUGGACCAGAUCAAAGUCCUUGUGUCCCAACGGACCCCCAACAUGCUCUGCCACACUCGCAUUCGAGACAACGCAAAUGUUUCCAGGGAGGAGUGGGACUGGAUCCAGACACUGGCAGCUGCAGGAGAAAAAGAGCGCAGUGACGGUGAGGAAGUCGAGUCUCGAGCAGAAAGCCAUGCCCCGUUACUUUACUACGAGCUGCAGACGUCCAUAAAGUCCCUGCUGAAGCACAUCAACGUCCCUCUGCACCAGGCCCGUCACUUCCGUCUCUACAGUCAGGAGGUGUUGGAACUCGGUCACGGCGUCUCCUUCCUGCUGGUGCUGCCGCCUGCUGAUGACGUUUGCUCCGCCCCUGGGCAGUCCAACCCCUACACCCCUCUGUCAGGAUUCCUUCACCUUCCUCUGCAGAUGUUUGAGCUUGUUCACUUCUGCACCUACAAAGAGAAGUUCAUCAGUCUGUACUGCCGUCUGUCCUCUGUCCUGGACCUGGAUGCUCUCAUCACCCAGCAGGCAAUGCGAGAGGCCAUCACUGACGGCGAGGUGACCACAGCCAAGCAACGACACCAGCUCAUCCUGGACUACAUCCAGCAGCUAGACGAGAUGCGACGGGAUCUCCGAUGGAUCACUGAUGCACUGCAGUACGCCCGCUACAAGCAGCCCCGCGGAGGCGUUCCCAUCACCUGUCUGGUGGACGCCAGCCAACCAACUCAAGAGAGUGACUCCGGACAGCAGAAGACUGACUCCACCUCCUCCAACAUGGACUACCUGCCCACACCUUCUCCAUCCCCAGAGCUCCGGCGGAGGAAAGCCAUCAGCGACUCUCAGCUUGGUUCUGAUGAGGACGGCUCCUCCGAAGUCUUCCUGCCCACGGACAGCGACUACGACUCUAGCGACGCCAUAAGCCCUCGAGAACUGGACCUGCUCUACUCCCCGGCCCCGGAUUUUUCCCAGCAGGCUGUUCACUCUCUGGGUGGCAGUGCUCCCGAUGUCCUGCAGGUCAACGAGCUCAGGUGGCCCAUGUACAGCGUAUGCACCCCACCAGAUCCUCCCCUCCCCCUCUCUACUUCUCCUUCCACAGACCUCCCCAUCCCCACCUUGCCCCGCCCCCCAUCACGAUCCCGAACCCUCCCCACAUCCCCAUCCCUCCCGCUGUCUCCCAGAUUCUACAAGGACCUGCCGCUGUCCAUCCCCUUGUCCCCAGCUCUGUCUGACACCACCAAGACUAUGGAGGGUCUCUCCCUCUCCAAGGAGAGCCCCACCCCCCAUAGGGCCCUUGCUAACCCCCCGGCCAAGCGGAAACUGCUCUCCAGGAGUCACCGGGGCCAGUACUUUAGCGGGCCACAGCGCUGGCUCCAGGGCCACAGCGGGGACAGUCUCAGUGGAUCUUUAUCUGAGGGCGUUUACACCAAACAGCUGGACGCUGACCUGUCAUCUCCACAGGGCCACACCUACAUCAGCCACGCCUCCUGUGUCCUGGAGAACCGCAAGGCCCGGCACCGUGAACCCAGACCACACGUUCGCAGAAUAUUUGUUGAGCCCUGCAGAGAGCUGUCACCAAACCAUGAGGGGAGGGACUGGGAGGAGCAGGAGGGAGCAGAGAGACUGACAGCUGCAGGCAUGUCGGUGGUUGUUGCACAGGCAGAGUCUGGAGGGGAUGAGGAGGAGCUAGAGGGAGCCACGGCCCAGGAGGUUGACUCAGAUGAGCAAACCAACUCGCAGCUGUCAGAGGUCCUCAGCAGCACGCUUUAGGGGGCAGAUCAGCUCCCUAAAUAAGACCUGAUGUUUGUUCCAUCUCUGAGAAUUUCUGCUCUGCUGAUGAAAACUUUAAAAGGGCAUUAAUGUCACAAAACGACAGCGUUGGUGGAACGUUUUUACCUCAAACCCUUCUGGAUCUGUGGAGGAGCUGCUGAGUUGCAGCUUUGUGCCUCUGAUGCUUCAGCAUUGAGUUGAGGCUGAAAUUUGGACUCCACAACAAAACUUCACCCAGCUGCUUUUAUUGUGUGGAAUCCUUCCAUCAAACAGCUUAUAGCACCUUUUUAUCAAUCCAAACCUCCAUGAGUUGGUGUAAUCACAUCUUUAAAAUCAAAAUCUUUUUAUCAUACGUGUUUGCGUCUCUUAUCCCUGAAUUUUGACAUAACCUACUUCCUCCCCAACCCUCCUUGGAAAUCAGGGGCAAGCCAGUCUAAAUUCCUAAACAUAAGGUCCCCAUGUUCAGGACUCACGAGGCUCAAAGCAAUGGAAUCAAUGUCUUAUGUGAUCUACUAAAAGUAGAUGUUUGUGUAUUUAACUGUUUAAUGAGGCACUUUUGGCUGAACUCAAUCAGAACCCAGCAUGGACGUAAUUUUGGGGGGGGACAGGGGGGACAUGUCCCCCCCCCCCCCCCCCCCCCACUUUUUCCAAAGUCAAGUUUUGACCCCUGCACUUUUUACCAUCCAAAAACAAUAUUACGCUAUAUUAAAUUGACACUGGUUGAGCUCUAGGACCAAGCAGAAAGCAACCGUUUGUGUUGAAGCAGGUUUCCCAUUAGAACAUAUUGUAAAGA